CCCCUAGGUCAGAACGCGCGCCACUCUCGUUAGUGCUGGAGCAUUGACAUACCAUAGCAGGGAGAAGAGGAAGUUUUUUCAGAGUUGGCUACGAGAAUUCUGGGUUAAUUUCAAUCAUUUUCAGUCAUAAAUCUCGGUUCUCGUGCGUCACUAGGUUCAAUAAUAAAAAAAGGAAAAUGGCCGUCGUAUAGUCGUUGACGUCAAAGUGUCUGUGCAACAUCUGUGUUCCCUUGUGUCUGUGCACCUUUCUCCAACUAUUGGAUCUACCUGUUUUUUUUUCUUCUCCUUUUCGAUUUUCGAAAGUGAACGGUGUGGCCCCGGUAUAAUAUAAAAAAUUCAGCAUUCCAAACACGACGUCAUCCUCUCAUCAUUCGUUUUCCCCAGUGUGUGUGUGUCUAUUGCUACGGUAGGGAAACAAAAACCUUGGGUUUUGUGUCUGACGAAACGGGGGAAAAAAGAUCUUAAAAAGAAUACCACCAAAACACAAGAGACCCACCUUGUUGUGUUCUAAGCGAAUUCCAGCUCACGGCACAGGACACGAGGAAGAAGAAACUGAAAAAGGGGAAUGUGAUCAUCGCCCUCUGGCGCCCUCCGAUUCUAUUUUUUUUCUUCUGCUCCCAACAACAACGUUGAACAUUAACGAGAAAUUAGCAUAUGCACAAGAAUAUAGCACGUGGCUAAGAUUUGCCCGGCUAGAUGGCUAAUGAUAGUGAACAAGUGGAAGAUGGCCGGCCGGUGGCCAUCAAAUCAUCAGCAACGACCAACGGCAAUGGCAGCCAAGAACCUUCGCCAACUCUGCAAGUGCCUUCCAUCAUCCCCAGCAUCAAAGUUAUAAAGUCGGACGCCAAGGCUGGUUUCCUACGCUCGGCACGCGACGGCCAUCUGGACAAGGUUCUCGAACAUUUGAAGAACAACACCGACAUCAACACAAGCAACGCGAAUGGACUGAACGCCCUACAUCUGGCGUCGAAGGAAGGCCAUGUCGACGUCGUGACGGAGCUAUUGAAACGUGGCGCCGCUGUAGACUCGGCCACCAAAAAGGGCAACACGGCCCUGCACAUCGCAUCGCUCGCUGGACAGGAGGAGGUUGUGAAAAUCUUGGUGCUGCAAGGCGCUUCGGUCAACGUCCAAUCGCAGAAUGGAUUCACUCCACUGUACAUGGCGGCGCAGGAGAACCACGACGGCGUCGUCCGCUUCUUGUUGGCCAACGGCGCCAAUCAGAGCCUGGCCACGGAAGACGGAUUCACUCCGCUGGCCGUUGCUCUCCAGCAGGGGCACGAUAAGGUCGUGUCCGUCCUGCUGGAAAACGAUACGAGAGGCAAAGUGCGACUGCCGGCCUUGCAUAUUGCCGCCAAAAAAGACGAUUGCAAAGCGGCCGCUUUACUUCUCCAGAGCGAUCACAACCCUGACGUGACGUCCAAAAGUGGAUUCACUCCGCUGCACAUUGCGGCCCACUACGGAAAUGAAAACAUUGCCAGUUUACUGGUCCAAAAGGGCGCCGACGUCAACUUCCUGGCCAAGCAUCACAUCACUCCACUUCACGUGGCGGCUAAAUGGGGUAAAGCCAACAUGGCCGCCUUGCUGCUGGACCGGCACGCUCAGCUGGAAGCUAAGACACGCGACGGCCUGACGCCGCUUCAUUGCGCAGCUCGUUCCGGCCACGAGUCGGUGGUCGACUUGCUGCUGGAACGCGGAGCGCCCAUCUCUAGCAAAACGAAAAACGGAUUGGCGCCGCUGCACAUGGCUGCCCAGGGCGAUCACGUCGAUGCCGGCCGGAUCCUGCUUCAUCACAAGGCGCCCGUCGACGAAGUCACCGUCGAUUAUCUGACGGCCCUGCACGUGGCCGCCCAUUGCGGCCACGUCCGUGUCGCCAAAUUGCUGCUGGACCGUAAGGCGGACCCCAACUCGCGCGCCCUCAACGGCUUUACGCCCUUACACAUUGCCUGCAAAAAGAAUCGCAUCAAAGUCAUUGAGUUGCUCCUCAAACACGGCGCUUCCAUCGAAGCCACAACGGAGUCGGGAUUGACGCCGCUGCACGUUGCCAGCUUUAUGGGCUGCAUGAACAUCGUCAUCUACCUACUGCAACACGGCGCCAAUGCCAACGCGCCUACCAUGCGCGGCGAGGCUCCACUCCAUUUGGCGGCAAGGGCCAACCAGACGGACAUUGUGCGCAUCCUGCUACGCAAUAACGCCCAAGUCGACGCCCGUGCAAGGGAACAGCAAACUCCGUUGCACAUUGCGUCCAGGCUGGGCAACGUGGACAUUGUCAUGCUGCUGCUGCAGCACAACGCCGACUUGGAUGCCGUCACCAAAGACAUGUACACUCCGCUGCACAUUGCGGCCAAGGAAGGCCAGGACGAAGUAGCUGCCGUCCUGCUGGAACACGGUGCCAACAACACGGCGGCCACCAAACGCGGUUUCACGCCUCUCCACUUGGCCGCCAAGUAUGGUAACAUCAAAGUGGCCCGAUUGCUCAUCCAAAAGGAUGCUCCCGUCGACGCCCAGGGCAAGAAUGGCGUGACCCCAUUGCACGUGGCCAGCCACUACGAUCAUCAAAGUGUGGCUCUUCUCUUACUGGACAAGGGCGCAUCGCCUCACGCGGCGGCCAAAAAUGGAUAUACCCCGCUACACAUCGCCGCCAAGAAGAAUCAAAUGGACAUUGCAACAACACUGCUGGAAUAUGGCGCCCAGACGAAUGCCGAGUCCAAGGCCGGUUUCACGCCGCUGCAUCUCAGCGCCCAGGAGGGGCACACAGACAUGUCGACCCUGUUGAUUGAGCACCAGGCGGACCCUAAUUACGAAGCCAAGAACGGACUGACGCCGAUGCAUUUGUGCGCCCAGGAGGACCGCGUCAACGUUGCCGCCAUUUUGGUCAAGAGCAAUGCGCAAAUCAAUGCGCAAACAAAGAGUGGCUACACCCCUCUGCACGUGGCUUGCCAUUUCGGACAGAUGAAUAUGGUGCGUUUCCUGCUUGGCCACCAGAGCCAGAUUGACGCUGCGACCAAUCAAGGCUACACGGCCAUGCAUCAGGCCGCCCAGCAAGGUCACCCCAUGAUUGUCAAUCUCCUGCUGGAAAGUGGAGCCACCCCGAACGCGGUAACCAGUCAAGGCCAGACGGCGCUGUCGAUUGCUCAGAAGUUGGGCUACAUCACAGUCAUCGAGACGUUGAAAGUGGUGACGGAGACGACCAUUACGACGACGACGACGACCAUCAUCGAGGAGAAGUACCGCGUCCAGGCACCCGAGACGAUGCAGGAGACGUUCAUGUCCGACUCGGAGGACGAGGGAGGCGAAGACGGUGUCCUGGGCGAUCAUUCGUACCGCUACCUGACUGUCGACGAGAUGAAAUCACUGGGCGACGAUUCGAUGCCGAUGGAUGGAAUGGGCGACGACCGCCGCAACUCUGGCGUCGAAGAAACCAUCCUGGCAGCUAAAGAAGGAUAUGCUCAGUUCAGCGGUAAUUACGCACCGGAUAACGUCGAUCUGGCCCGCCAGCCCGUCAGCAUUGGCCAUCCCAGCGUACUAGACGACUCCCUCUGGUCAUUGGCAUCAAAGGGUACGGGAAUGUGGCGUUCCAGGUUCUUGGUCAGUUUUAUGGUUGACGCUCGCGGUGGAGCUAUGCGUGGAUGUCGCCACAGCGGCGUCCGUGUCAUCAUCCCACCCCGCAAGGCCGCCUGCCCAAUGCGCAUCACCUGUCGCUACCUGAAGAAAGACAAACUGGUACAUCCUCCGCCACUGAUGGAGGGCGAGGCUCUGGCCAGCCGCAUCUUGGAAUUAGGACCUUCAGCCGCCAAGUUCCUCGGCCCGGUUAUUAUCGAAGUUCCGCAUUUUGCCGCUCUGCGCGGAAAGGAGCGCGAGAUCAUCGUUUUGCGAAGCGACAAUGGCGAAACGUGGAGGGAACACACGCUGGAAGCGACGGAAGAAGCUGUCCAGGAAGUUCUCAAUGAAAGUUUUGACGGCGAAGAUAUGGGACAGUUGGAGGAUAUGAACACGCACCGGAUCACGCGCAUCUUGACGACGGAUUUCCCGCAGUACUUUGCCAUCGUUUCGCGCGUCCGCCAGGAGGUUCACGCCAUCGGUCCCGACGGUGGCAUGGUCUCGUCGUCGGUGGUGCCCCAAGUGCAGGCCGUCUUCCCGCCGGGCGCGCUCACCAAGAAGAUCAAAGUUGGACUGCAGGCUCAGCCGAUUCAACCGGAACUGGUGGUGAAGUUGCUGGGCAACCGAGUGGCCGUCUCGCCCAUCGUGACGGUGGAGCCGCGCAGGAGGAAGUUCCACCGGCCCAUCACAUUGACGAUUCCCGUACCGCAAGCGGCCGCCCGCGGAAUGAUCAACCAAUAUAGCGGUGACACGCCCACAUUGCGGCUCCUCUGCAGCAUCACAGGGAAUGCCGCUGACGUAUCGACAGGCGGAACAUCGCGAGCGCAGUGGGAAGAUGUGACCGGCUCGACCCCGCUGACCUUUGUCAACGAUUGCGUUUCGUUCACCACCACCGUCUCCGCCCGUUUCUGGCUCAUGGAUUGCCGCAACGUAGCCGAGGCGGCCAAAAUGGCUACCGACCUCUAUCGCGAAGCCAUCAACGUUCCUUUUAUGGCCAAAUUCGUCGUGUUUGCCAAGCGGCACGAACCGCAAGAAGCCCGCCUCCGGGUGUUCUGCAUGACGGACGACAAGGAGGAGAAGACACUGGAACAGCAAGAACAUUUUGUCGAAGUGGCCAAGAGUCGAGACGUUGAAGUCUUGGAGACGAAAUCGCAAUACUUGGAAUUCGCCGGCAAUUUAGUGCCCAUCACCAAGUCUGGCGAACAGCUGGCCUUGACCUUCCGAGCGUUCCGUGAGAACCGGCUGCCUUUUACCGUCCGAGUCAAGGAUAAUCACGCCGAUCCCGUUGGGCGCAUCGCCUUCAUGCGGGAAGCUAGGGCCGGAAGGGGUGAACCGCCGCAGACGCCCAUUUGCAACCUGAACAUUGUCUUGCCCAGCACGGUGACGCCCGAAACGGCCCGUUCCGAGCCGGACUUGCUCGCCCUGCAGAAGAAGUACGGCUUCUUGCACGACGUGGGGCUUGUCUACACCACCAACAGGCCUGAAGCCAUCCAUAAAGCUGAUUUGCGCUUGUCGGAUAUUUGCAACCUCCUCGGUCGCGAUUGGAUCCCGUUGGCCCAGUGCCUGGAGAUCCCCGAUUCCGAUUUGAAUCUGAUCGACAACGAGUACCCAGACAACACCACCCAACAGGCAAUGGUGAUGCUCAAGUUGUGGAUGGCCCAGUCGCAAAACAAAGUCACCGGCAACGCCUUAGAAAAAGCGCUGAGGAAAAUUGGACGCGACGACAUCGUCAACCGGUGCAUUUACAACGUGGAACUAGUGACGGACGAUUUGGAGAAAGCCGUGGCCAAAACGCAGCUGGAUCAAUCCGGCUUCGACAACCUACGAGACGAACUGGGCGCUGACAGUACGAGAAACACCCUACAGCGCGAUACGAGCCUGGACGUCAGCUUCGACGAGCAGGAUCUGAUGAAGGACUCCGAGUCAGUCGAUGAGAUCCCCGAGAAGAGAGAGGAGGAGGAAGAGCUAAAUUUGCAGGAAGUGUCUGAAGUCUUCUCGCAAGAGAUCAAGACGGCCAUUCCGCAAAAACAAGUUUACGACGACGCUGAACCGCCUUCCCAGCGAAUAAUUAUUCACGAAGAGAAAGGCAUCUGCGAUUCGAGAGAGGCCGAAAAGGACAUCGAGAUUCCUCAGCCGGUGCAGGACCUGGAAUCUGGAAAUCUGCAACAAGACGCGGAGGAUUCAUGGGGUACGCGCCAAUCGACUAUGGAGGAACGAGUCAUCGAUCGCUACGUCAUCGAUACUCAUCCGAAACCGGUUUUCGAUCCGCCGGAGGAAGAUAUUCCUGUUGAGCAGCUUCCCACUAAUGAGGAAGAAGAAGAGGAGGAAGAAGAAGAAGAAAUAGUGGAAGAGCCGAUGGUGGUUGCAACGACAGCGCCAGCACCUCGUCAACGCGAACGCGUUGACGACGAACCGGAAUCGUUGUAUUCACCAUCAUGGAACGCCUCCAAACAUCCAGUCAGCUGCAAGCAAUCGAUGCCCAUUGAAGCGAUUGCCGUGCAACAAGGCCGACCGUAUGAGCAAGAAGAGGACGACGAACAGGAGGUUGAAAGACCAGCUGUCAUUGCCACCUCGGCACUGGCACCGGCACCGGCACCAGUACCUCGUCACUCAUAUCAACGUACCGAAGACGAGCCGGAAGUUUUAAUUUCCUCGUCGUGGGACGCUGCUAACGAACCCACCAGUUGCGAUGACGAGGUCUUGGAAAAGGAGUUUGCGGCAGCCCUUCACGGCGGGGACAUCGACGAUAGCAACACUUUCUCGCCGGAACUGCUCAGCCGAUCGCUGCAACAGCAGACAACCGAACACGAUGCCAAAGUGCGCAUGUCGACUUCAAAGACACCACCUUCAAGUCCGUUGGAAGCGGUUGAAGCCUUCACAGAGUCGCAGAUGCACACAUCACACCCUGAAGCCGUUCCAGCUCAGGUGGCUUUAGCUCAGUCAGAAACAAUACGCUCGGAGGAUCUAGACACCACAGCUGCUUCUCACGUAGACGUCCAGGAAGAACACUGGACCGAAGACGUGGAAGCCAAUGAACCAGCAGCGGUAUCAGGCCAGCAAUCGUCCACGGGACCCUUUUCGCGCAUCUUCCAGUCCGGCAGUAGCAGCAGCUCAACUCCGGUUCCAUCGCCUCCGCCGCCGCCGCUCAUCCGCAGAGUUCCUUCUCCGCCCUCCGCGUCUUCCAUUUCCCCGUCCUCGUCGCCCAGUCAGUCCCCACAGGUUCCCGAGCGACGCAAUCGCAAGUCACGACGAUUUCUCGCACCCCACCAGAGGCCAGCCAAUCCAGCUUUAGACUGUGAGGAUCAAGUGCAAACGGAUGUGACUGACGAUGUGGGUGAUCUAAGCGAAUCGGAGCUCUUCGACCACGCCCAGCCAAAACUGGAAGAGCACGAACGGACAACAGAAACGGAAGAGCUGCUGGAACGACAUUCGGCAAACUCGGAAACGAGCGACGUUGCCGAAACCAUUUAUGGAAGCCCGGAAGCUGUCCGUUACUUUCAAAAAGUCGCCAUUCCGCCGAGUGGAACAGAGUCCACCGUCAUUCAUGUGGACGAUCUUAGUGCCCGUAGUAAACUAGUCGUUCGUCCGCUUUCCUUACCCGAUACGUACGUGGACCGGCACGGCUCGCCGGGUACGAAACACCGCCGGACAGACUUCGUGGUGGCGUUGACUCCGCAAUCAAAACCUGAAAUCCAGCGCCAAUCGGCACCCCUUUCCGAAGUUCAUUUUCAAAUAGAAUCGACACCAGUCCCCGAAGGAGAACCGCAAUCAGACGUUGAGUUGGGGGGGCAAUGCGAUUCUUCUAUCCCAGUUUCAGAAGCGCAGUUGCAUUUCGAACCGAGUUCCAUAGCGCAGAGCGGAGCGAAAUUGGAAGAAAGAAAAAGCGAUGGAGUAGCGCAGCAAGAACAGGUCCUUGAGUCGGACACAGAAGCAGAGGAUAGCAGCAGAGAUUUGGAACAAGAGCUUUUGUCGGAGGCCAACUUGGUCAUAGAACAAGUCAUGAAGUUGGCCAUUGAACAGGUGACUGGCAGAGCGGAAUCGGAGCCACGACCGGCCUCUGCUCUACCGCAAGUCGAUGUAGAAAAAGCCGUGGAUUCAGCAGAAAUUGAACCGGUUGCAGAAUCGAGAUUAGCAAAAAUGGGGGAGCCUCAGUCGGACAUGAAAUCAACAACAGUAGGCCAACUGCUUUGCGAAGAAGCCGCCCCACAAUUAUUAGAGACGGAUUCCGUAGGCCUGGCUUUCGAAUGCGAAUUUACAUCAGGUUCAGAAUCCGACAUCGCCUCGGAAGCAGCAGAGUCGGGGGAGGGGAAAGUGGCAGCGGCCGAGAAAAGUUGUGACCCUGUUUCACCAACGAAACCGGAAUCCGAACCGGAAUCUUUGGAGAUGGCAAACUCAGUACCUGUUUUAGAAGUAGCGACGAAAUCCGAUGUCCAGCCAGUGCUCAAAGGGGCAACAGACUUGAUAGAAGCCGAAGCCGAGGCUUUGCUCCAACUGAAUUCAGAAUCCGAUUCAGCAUCUGAAGCUGGCCCUUUUUUUAUUCCACAAUCGAAGUCGAUGCUUGAAAGUGUUCCAGUUCAGGGAGACCAUUCUGUACGCAUUUUAGACAUUGAUCGGCAGUCAGAUCUCGAACAACCAGCGGUGGAAACGAUUACGAAGCUGGAAAUUAGUUCUGCUGAUGUUUUAGACAAAUCAUCGCUUUCGAAACCCGAAGCUGUUCCGGAGGGAGUUUCGUUACCGCAAUCGGGUACGGAAUCGGAUGUCGGACUAGUUCUACACACGUCUGCGGUGCGAGACGGAGAAGCCGCUGUGCGUGUUGUCGAAUGCGUACGAAAGCCUGAAGUUGAAUCGCUACUUGAAGCGGAAUCGGUGCUGGAAACCGAGCCCGUAGUGCACGCAGAGUCGGAAGAAUCUUCGCAAUCAGUUAGCACGGCCUCUGACCAAGGUGUCGCGGACGACGAUAUGGACGAACUCUAUACCGAAGAAGAGGAUUUCGAAAAUAAAUCGCACGCGGCGCGAGUUGCCAGCGUUUUGAACGACCAGCACCGACCGAGGCCGGACGAGAGUCCAUUGGACGAACGAGCUGAGCGAAUGGCGGAAGCUAUUUUGGCCUCAGCCAUGUUUGAAACUGUUUUCCUACAGCCAGAAAAUCGAUCGCAAACAACAACUCCAGUGCCCGCGCACGGCCUUCCUGCCAUCGAUUUACCUUUUAUCGGCUCAUCUUUUUGUCGAAUUCAGUUCCCUUGCACAGAUGCCAGACUAACCUCGGCAGGUAAUACAGCCGCCUCCACCAGUCAAUCAUUGGUCACUAAUCACCCCCUACCUGAAACCGAAUCACCUGAAAUCCCAAUUGAUACCACCAACACUGUUCCAUCGUCGCGCAUUCCGGUGCUGUCCAAGCGACAGAACUUGUCGCGUUCCGUUUCGGAACAGCCGCACUCAUCCGGCAGUCGGAUGCCCGUAGCGGCGCCGCGAGUCAGCCGAAUGAUUCCUGGCUACUUCACUAGCGCCGAUCAUACGUCAUCGGCUGAUGCCAACGCCGGAUGUUCGGCCGAAUCAUUGCCGUCUUCCAUCCAGGAGAACGUUGAGAGCUACUCGGUUCGCAAACAGUUCUGGGAAGAAGUGGCGUCUGGAACAUCGUCCACCUCGUCAACGUCUUCGACCAGAACGAGACAAACCAAAUCAGAAAGGAGCAGCCUCAUUGUGACGGACGAAUCCUUUGGACCCAUCGGCCAACGAGAGACGAAAUCCGAGCGUUCCAGCGCCGUCCUGUCCGAGCAAGACAUCUACGAAGUUGGUCGUUACACAGUCACCAAAGUAUCCACUUCGGAAACGGUCAUCGACACGACGCACGAAUCAACGGGCGCCACCGGCCAGGAAAUAAUAGAAGAACUGCAACUUGCACCGCCACCGGUAGAUCAGUCCAGUAGCAAAGUGGAAGAAAUUGAAACAGUGCGAACGCAAGAGACGACGGUUACUCGCCUCAGCGGUAAGCUUGACAACCCGAUCGUCUUGGAAGAGACUGUGACGGGAUCGUCACACCGAGAGCGCAUCGGGAGAGAAGAAUACAUUUACAGCAGUGGCGACGAGAGCGUAUCUCUACGCGCCGAAGAUGUCGAAUCGCAUUCCGACGUUGUCCUACCAGGAGGCCGUCAAGUGGUGACCGAAGAGUUCGCCAAAUCCUCCAAAACCGUUUUCAAAGACGGCCAACCCGUCUUUGUCGAAGAGUUUCAAUACGAUCAACGUCAGCAGCCUGCCGAUUCUCCUCCGCUUGAAUCGGCGCCCACCGCUUCCGGGUUUGAGGACUCUACCACCGCCGACCUGACAACCGGCGAUUGGACGACGGCCGAUUCCGUCGAAGUCAAUGUCGAUUCGCAGGAACAAGAAGUGCCAGACAUUUCGAUUGUUCAUCAGGAGUCGUUCGGUGGUGGACUGACGAGCAGCGGCGAAUCGCAGGAAGAAGGAGAAGCCGUGGCCGGAAUGGCUUUCAUCAACACGGCUUUCAUCGGCGUUGAUCACAUCGACAUGAAGGAUCAAGAGCCAGCCAACAUAGCUCGAGCAGUAAGCCCGUUUGAAGUUCCCAGAGGUGAAGCUUACGUUAUUGGCACGUACGGUCCCGAUUUCGACCAACCGGCGGCGCGAGACGAGAACGAGCCAGACGAAGAAUCGCCUCUGCCAUCGCCGCAGAGCCGUUUGACCUUCGAGUUGCCACAAGAAGCGAUCGUGGCGGAAGAGCGUGACGAGUGCGCAGUAUCUAGUCAACCGCGUAGCCGGACAACUUCGCUCGACUCGCAGGAUUUAGAAACUUACGGGAGCGAAGGAGAGGAGGCUGACGAUGACGAGCAAGAUCCCUCGCAAGCCAGGGAGAAAAUCUUCAGUCAAGGACUGAGUUUCCAGGAAGAACGCGACCGCGAAUUAACACCGGAAGAGGCUCUCCAGUUGGCGGAGAAUUUGAUUGAAGAGAUUAAAGCAGAAGCCCCACGACGGGCCGAGAUGAUGUCGUCGACCACCCCGGACGAUGAAUUGAAAGAAAUAGACGAAGGAGCCGCGGACGUUGCUCAGGAGGUCGCACAAACUUUGACGUUUCAAGAAGAAACCGAAGCCAAGAUCUCCGAGUACAUCCGUCAGGUGGACGUCCAUGAAGAGGUGGCCGUCUCCGAUGGCCAAAACACGACGGAAGAAACCAUCAACUGGUCGCUUACCGAAAUCCACGAAUCAUCUACGCAUUCCGAGCAUGUUGACAUUCAAGGACUCGACCGAACGGUUUUGCCCGAACUAGACAUCGUCGAGCCACAGGGAGCCCACGAACAAGAAGCCACCAGUCCGGAGCAAGUGUGCAGUCCUGAACGUGAAACGACAUCUACCACAUCCUCGGGAAGUAAGAUUGAUUCGUCGGCCACAUUUUCCGAGAAUAAAACUGUCUCGUACGAAGAAACGUCUACGACGUGGACAAAGAAAGAAGAGGAAACCACCUAUUUCUCAGCGGCGGAAACCGGAGCUCAACGCCCUAGCCGGCCGACGUCGUCCGAUGUAGAGGCAUUGAUCAGCACGGGAGCCACGACGGCCUGCUCUUCCGAAUACGAAACGGCUUUUUCCUCUUCGUCGCGUUCUGUCAAUUCCAGCGAUUUCCAUUCGGCUGUCAGUUCGGUCAGUUCUCGGGAGUCGAUGAAAUCACUGGACUCUACGACCGGCCUAGCGUCAGAGACGUCGGAGACGUUGUUGGCUUCCGCCCUGGAGCAAGACACAACGGAUCGUGAUUUAACUCCUACGGACGUUUCGCUGGAUCUCAAUCAAAUGGACGUUCAAUUCAAAAUGGCCAGCGAUCUUCCAGCUGCCCCCGUUCAGCGCGAGGAACAAGAAGAAGUGGCCACUAGAGCCGAAAGUCCAUUUGAAAUGAUAAGUCCCGUUGACGAAGGGAUGGUCGAGCUAGAAGACGAUGACGACGACGAUCCUGCCGAAGAGUUGAUUCCGCCCGUCAUGAAGCGAUCUCAAGAAAUGACUUUCCAUCCGGAGCCGAAACCUCUGCGGGAAACUGGACUAUCGCCACCAACUACGCCGACUCCAUCGGAAGAAUCGCCCAGUUUGAAGUCGAGCCUGGAAGCUGAGAAACUCUUGUUCGAUUACGUCAUGUCGACGAAUGAUGAAGCGGCUUAUCUGUCGACAUCCACCCUGUCCGACGGAACGACGUCUACGGUAAUCGAAGCGGGCGGCAAGACCGUCAAACAGGACACGUAUGAUCAACUCUCGGAUGAACCGGAAGCCGACCAGGAUUGCCAAGAAGAUGAAGCCAAUGCGACGGUGACAGCCUUGGAUGCAGCCACGAUUACCAGUCGAUCUGGCAGUUUGGCAUCCUCCACGGACGUGGAGGGGAUCAUCAGCCGUCAGGUGACCAUAAGCUCGGCCAUCGUGAUUGACGAAUCAACUCAGUCCAUCAACACGCAAAUCACUACGCGUCGUGUCGUCGUGCAAGGAGAAUCGGAAGAAUUGAUUCUGCCCGCUUCCAUGGUUCCCGAUAUUACCGUCCAGCACGCAAGUCCGGUCAUCGACCGUCGAUUUAGUUAUCCGGAGAACGUCGCCGGUGCCGACCUGUCAGAAUUGGCUAAACAAGUUAUCGAGGAAGUGCCUUCCGAGGAGGAACUUGAAGAAAGAGACGAGGGCUUGGGAGCGGAAACGGCAGAGCCAGCACAUCAAGAGCAAUCUGAACAGUUGUACCAGUCGGAAGAAGUGGAGCAAGUAGAGGAGAUAGAAGAAGGCGAGCAAGAGCUAGCUGAAGAACCAGAAGAAAUCGAGGCUGACUAUCCCGAAAUGGAUGUAGGAGAACUGAUAUCGCCUCCAGCUUUGGUGGCCAGACGUAUCGAUCCACCAAAUAUGGCCGGAUACAACUACGAAAUGUCUUUUGAAAGGGCACAAGAUGAACGGGAAGAUGCAGUUGAAGUUGAGGACGUCAUUGAAGAUUUGGAGAAACAGAAACGUUGGAUGGAAAUGCAGUUCGAAGAAGCCGAGGACGCGGCUCAGGGAAUUUUCCAGCCGAUUGCCAGCCGGGUUCAACCGUUGGCCGACAUUGAAGAAUGCAAAGAGGAUGAAGAAAGUCUGAAUGGUUCUGAUCGUUUAGUCGGCCGGCUGAAGGAGUCCCUGAGCAGCACGCCUGAAUUCGACGUACUCAGUGGCCGCAGAUAUUUUACGCGCAGCGGGGAUGUUGACGACCUGUCGGUCGAUUCCCUCCAAGAUUUCGAACGCCUCGAGCUGGAAUUGCACGCGGAGAAGCUGAGACGCCAGAGCAAUGGAUCCGGUUCGCAAGAAUCGCUUAACGGGCGACGCAUCGGUAGCCGUAGUAGCGGAGGCGACAACGUGUCCGUCAAUUCGUUGACGGAGUUUGAGCGGCUUGAGCGUGACAUGGCGGAAGCAGCUAAAUUAGAAGAGCGAGCCAGACAACAAGAGGCUGCCUUACUGUCCGAGAUUGAAGAAGGUCACGAAAGCCAGACGUCCGAGUCAGAGAGCUGCGAAACGCUUUCUGGGCAACGCGAAGGAGACGAUACUGAAGAGGAUGACGACGACGACUAUGAGCAGCGCAUGUUCGAGAUUGAUGAGAUCAUCCGCCAAGCGCAGACGAACAUUGAACAGUUCGAAACAGAGCUGACGACUGAAGUCAAGCAAACGAUUCGCAGUUCAAGGAUGGAGUCGACUGGAAGCUUCAAUGAAACGACUCACAGCAGCGUCGUAGACAUGAAGACGGAAUCGGUGGAUUCCGUUGAUAGCAUCGAACCGGAUUUUCUGGCCGGCGGCUCCACGAGCCAGCGCACGGCUGCCAUUUACCGGUCUUGCAUCCGCACAGAAAUCAAAUACAGUUCCGAUGAUAUUCAACAGGCCGACAGUCUGACGGGAGGUCCUGAUUCCCUGGAUGUCUUUGGACCUAGCUCAGUCGAUUCGCUCGACUCGAAUGCAAGAAGCCGUACCGGCCACGAAUCCGAUUCGCUUCAAGCUAUGGUUGGUGCGGAAUCAUCAAGUGACUCGUCUUCCUCUAGAGACGAUCUCCCGCGUGACACAACUCUGCAACGCCCUACCGGCAUCUUUCGGCCAACUACAUGUUCUUCCGACUCACUGGAACAGACGCAAAGCAGCUCUCGAGCUACCGGAGGCUUCGAUUCAGAUUCGAUCAUGUCCGGCAGUAUGACUAGUUCCAUGGGGUCCGCCGUAGCUGUUACUGUCCAUCCGACCGAGGCGCCAAUGUCGCCUUCCGGAGCUCCUGUUCACACGGAACGUACGGAAACGAGCUGUACCGUUGAAAUGAGCCCAGAGAUACGCAAAGUAACAUUCCACGGGCCAGACGUUGAAGAACAAAUGAAAGACUUUGUGUCGCAAUUCGCUCCUGGGGAGGAUAUCCGAGAGGUGGAAGUAACUGAUCCCGUGACGGGUAACAUAUUCGUGACACGGGUCACCCAACGCAGGGCAUUCGUUGACGCCCAAGAUUUGCCAACGGACGAAGAUGACUUACCGUCCAGACAAGCGGUAGAAGAGUACAUCCGGACUAGAGGUCCGCAGUUGGAAGACGUUGAUUCGUUUGAGGUGGAUGACGGUUCUGGCAACAUCCAGCGGGUCAUUCGUAAACGUGUCGUGGUGGACAGCACCGCGACUGCCAUUCCUACCACGCAUUCCUGUGCUUCCCCCUCACUGUCCCUCAACCCUCCGACCGCAUUCCAAAGUUCACCUGCCACAGAGCCAACGGAGUCCACCCCUCUGCCGGAAAUGACCUCUAGCGGAGCAGCCCGUAAUGACGGUAUCCAACCUCGACUGCCCUCUGCUCCUCGCGACUCUAUCAGCAUCGACGACGAUGACGACGAUGAGGAAGCGAUGGAGGUCGACUCCCAUGAGCACGACUGGCGUAUUGCCGAGUUCGCUCCUAAUACGACUCUUGGCCGGCAGCAAGCCACAGUUUUCCAACUAAUAACGGCUGAAGCUGAUGAUCAAGCCGCAGCGUCCGCCGCCUGUCAGCAGUAUGAUCCCACCUGUUCAGCUAUAAGUGAAAGCGAACCAUCUUUACCCUCUCAGCCUGAUUGGUCUGACAGUGCUCAAGAUGGCAUGUAAAAUGAAGACGUCGCUUAGUGAGCUUAAUACUGCGGAUGGAACGGAAAAUCAUCACGAAGACAACUGAAUAAACAACAGAAAAUAGUCGACCUUCUGCGGAAAAGAAACGAAGAAAUCUUUAAUUUCCUCAGUUCAAACAUUCAACGGCUAUUCUCUUUAAUCGUGCUUGUGUCAUACUAUAGUCUUGAAAACUACGCAGUUAUUCUAUCACUACCACAACUUGGCCCUCUCACGUUUCUCCCACGUGUAUGUGGGAGUUUCAAUUUGAAGCAGAAGGAAACGAAUUGAAGACCGACCUCUUUGUUGCUGUGUUUGAUACUUCUCCCUAAUACCCCUAGAACUCGUUUGUCAACAGUGAAGCUUCAUCACGUUUCUUUCAACAUUUUCAAAUUUUGGCAUUUACUCCUAUACAGCUUUCUCUGAUAUACCCUGCCAUCCAGCUCCUCUGUUAUUCAGUUGUUUACAAGCGACAUACAUUUAUAAGAAGAGGGAUAGAACGUCAGAGAUCCAUAAACCCCCUACUUAGACGGAGAGAUAAAAGGGACCUUAGACCUUUUCUCAAUCGAAAAAGUGAAAAAUAUCCAACUCUUCUUUCUUCGAAGAAGAGUGUAAAAAUGCGGAAGAAAAGAAAAAGAUAAUAGAAGUUCAUAUUGUGUGUGAAACGUCCCUUUUUUCCUAUGUUCAUGCAAAGAAACGUGGUUUUCAUAUUGACUUUUAAAAUUAUGGCUUUCAAUUAUUCUAGAAGCUUCUAACACAUUUUAAUUUAUCACAGUUGUGUCGACUUGGCCUCAAUCUUUCUCUUCUGCCCACGACUCUUUUGUAGACCUUCUAUAAGCUUCUUGCAAACGAAAUAAAAAAGAAAAAUUUCAUUUACCCAUACCGACACCCAUCCACACAAAUCAGACGCGAAUUGAAUUAUACAUUUCUGUCAAUUGAUAAAAAAAAAAUGAAAAAAAAAAAACAACAACAAACAAACCAAACAAACAAUAGGGUUAUUGUUAAUUGUAUGGCUCUUAAAAUAUAACACCCUCUCUUAUCCUGUGUGGUUAUACAAUACAUUUUCUGUCCGACA